AAACAAACGUCACUGAACGUCACAAAAUAUUUGUUGACGGUUAGAAAUAAGUGUUGCAAUUUUUCUAAGACUCUAACUUUUGGAACUAAUUAGUUGUUACAUUAUAUGAUAUUUAUUUUGUUAUCUACAAAACAAGGAGUUAAAUAAUAAGACUGUUAAAUUGGAACGACUGGUUUGAGGAAGUAUAACCUAUAACUAUGAGUAAUAAAACUAACAACACUGUUUCCUUAGGUGAGAUAGACCCUAUACAAGAACAGUUGACUGGUAGAAUACGAGAAGUUGGAAAUUAUGCGAUCUGGAGUUUGUCUAGCUGUAAACCAGGAUUUGGCGUGGACCAGCUGCGUGACGGUAUUACGGAAACAUAUUGGCAAUCGGAUGGACAACUACCGCAUUUAGUAAAUAUUCAGUUCAAAAGAAAGACUACUAUUCGUGACAUAUGGAUCUAUACAGAUUACAAGUUAGACGAGAGCUACACGCCCAACAGGAUAAGUAUCAGAGCUGGGACCAACUUUAACGAUCUUCAAGAGGUAGAAGUAAUGGAUUUAAAUGAACCAUGCGGUUGGAUAAUGAUUCCCAUUAAAAACAUCAAUGAUCGUCCCAUUAGAACAUUCAUGAUUCAAAUAGCUGUCAUUAGCAAUCAUCAAAACGGCAGAGACACUCAUAUGAGACAAAUUAAGAUCUACAGUCCUGCGCAAGAUAUCCUCGGCCCACCAGCGCCUUACAUUCCAGGACAAUUUCUCACCAAUGAGUUUUUACGCUAUGCCACAAUUAGAUAAGAUUUACCAAUUAAAUUCACCAAACUGUAAUUCAGUAAAAUUGUAAAUUUUCUUAUUUUUAUUCAUUUAUAUAAUUUAUAAAUUACUCAUUAAAAUUUCAUUCUGACUAUUUCUUAAGAGUGUAAAAAUUUUUUUGCCAAAAGAAUCUGUAAGCCAGAAAGUUUGAGACUUGUAUAUAUUCACAUUUAUGGUACAUUUAUGGUAUUGGUAUCUAUUAUAUUACACGUAGUACACGUGUUAUAUACAUUGGAAUUUAAGAAUGUAUGAGUUGUGUACAUAAAAACUGUAAACACGCUA